UCCCUCACUCCUCAAGCCCUCCGUUUGUUAUCACGCGAGGUGGUCACGCUCCGGUCUGAACCCCCAGAAGGCGUGAGGGUUAUCGUGGAUGAGGACGAUCUCACUGCUAUGGAAGGAUGGGUACAAGGUCCGGCGGGGACACCAUAUGAAGGAGGUUUCUUCCGCAUUCGAUUCAACUUUGGUCCAGAGUAUCCUAACCAACCACCUAAAUGCACAAUGUUAACGAAGAUUUUUCAUCCCAACAUGUCAAAGGCCGGGGAAAUCUGUGUGGAUACUUUGAAGAAAGGAUGGAGAAAGGAUUAUGGUGUUGGGCAUGUACUUGUGACAAUCAAAUGUCUGUUGAUCUAUCCCAACCCCGAGAGUGCCCUGGAUGAAGAAGCGGGCAAACAGUUACUGGCGGAUUAUGAUGGGUACUGCAAGUAUGCCAAGCUCAUGACUUCCAUUCAUGCCACACCAAAGCUCCCACCUACCGAGUUUCGUAGCAAAACGAACAGUGCCAACCUUGCUUCCUCUUCCACCCUCCCAUCUCCCCUUCCGAUCCCUUCUUUCCUCCCUCAAGCCAACUCGGCGACCUCUCCCACCGUGUCGUCUGGUCUCAAGCCUAUUCCAUUAGGAGUGAAUGCGAAACAAGAAACCAGUCCUGUGGUAGGACAGACUGGACAAAUCCCUGAUCCAGACAUGUUCAAACCUCCUUCUGUCUCAGGUGUCAAGAGUGCAUCGGCGAAACCCGCUGCGAAACAGGCCAAGAGGGGUUUGAAGAGACUAUGA